AUGGUGGCAAUCUGGAGUGUCGCGGCAUGCGCGGCUCGUUUCGCACGGCCGCGCGGAGUUCUCUCCCCUCUGCCCGCCCGAUGUCUCGUGACAAUGUCGGCUGCGAAGCGGCGUGUGGUCUUCCUCGGGACGCCCGCCGUGGCGGCACGGUCGCUCGAGCUCCUCCUAGACGCCUCCGCUCAGGGCGGCGGCGGCGGCUUCGAGGUUGCAGCCGUCGUGUCGCAGCCGCCGGCGCGGUCGGGUCGAAAGAUGAAGCUGACGGCGUCGCCGGUGCAGACGCUGGCGGAGGCGCGCGGCAUCGAGCUGCUCACUCCGGCGAGCGCGAAAGAGGAGGCCUUCCUCGCGCGGCUCGACGAGCUGCAGCCCGACCUCUGCAUCACCGCCGCGUACGGCUGCUUCCUGCCGCAGCGCUUUCUCGACAUCCCGCGCUUUGGAACGCUCAACGUCCACCCGUCGCUGCUGCCGCUGUACCGUGGCGCCGCGCCGCUGCAGCGGUGCCUCGAGGCGGGCGACGCGGUCGCCGGCGUCAGCGUCGCCUUCACGGUCCUCAAGAUGGACGCGGGGCCUCUGCUGAGGCAGGAGGAGAGGCCGCUCGUGGGGGAUGAGCAGGAGCCGCCCCUGCUCCUCGAGUUGUUCGAGCGAGGCACCGAGCCCUUAGAAGCUGAAGACCUGCUACUCGACGCCCUCCCGUCCGUAUGGGACGGCAGCUGCGCCGGGCAGCUGGCGCCGCAGGAGGACGCGCGCGCCACCAAGGCGGCGAAGCUAUCGACCGCCGACGCCGAGCUGCGGCUCGAGCAGCUAUCAGCGUCGGAGGCGCACAACAAGGUGCGUGCUUUCGCCGGUUGGCCCGGCACGUGGACUCGCAUCUCGAUUGGCGGCGCGGAGCCGAUCCGAGUCAAGCUGCUCCAAACCCGACUCGGCGCGGCCGCCAGAUCUCGCCAUCUCUCCCCACCUCUCCAGUCCAGCUCCCGGCCGACUGGCCGGCAGGUCGCGCUGGCGGCGGGCGGCGGCGCGCUACGUCUCGUCUGCGGAGACGGGUCGUUGCUGGAGGUGCUGCGGCUGACGCUGCCCGGCAAGAAGCCCGUCGACGCGAGGGCUUUCUGGAACGGACUCAACGGCCGCCGCGCCGAGUGGGCCUCGGCGCCUCCAGACGCCGCCGCCGCGCCGGAGCACGCCGCCGCCUCAGCGCCGCCGGAGCCGCUCGCGGCAGCGGUAGGUGCCAAGCGCCAGCGCGUCGAGGUUACCGAGCCGCCCCCUCCUGGCUUCACGUGGGGAGGAAAGUACUGA